AUGGGAAAAAGAAGUGCGCGAGUAGCACUCGCAUUUAUUCUGUGUACUAGCAAGGUAUGGGCGACUGAUAGCAUGCAAACCCCAGAAAUCACGGGCAUAUCCCUCAAUGGGACUGAUUUUGCUUUAAGAGCCUGCCCCCGCGUCCAUAUAAGCCAGAAUUCACAGUUUCUGCUGCUGGAAAAGGAGAAAAAUCUUGACAAUGAAAAUGCAGAGAGAGAGGCGCAAGAGAAAAGCACGGACGAGAUGCACGAACUGGGCGAACUAAAUGAGAUUCUGGCAGAGAUUUUUGAGUGCAAGGAAGAGGAUAUUCUCUCGGAGCUUGGCGAGAUGGAGAGGGAGGUCCUGAAAAGUGCGCGAUGCGACUUUAAAGGGGCACUAAAACGCAGUGCAGACCCCCUGUGCAUGUGGAGCCCAAAAGUCAAAGUGUCCUGCGUUGAUGCAGCACAAGAGUCUGACACUUCCGUGGAAAGUGUCUCUUCAACGAGCGAAGAAAAGCCCGAAAAAAUCGAAAAAGUGCACGGCCCAAUACCUGCACCCAGCAUGGAAAGUGCCUCUUCAACGGGCGAAGAAUUCAUGGCCCUCCCAGAGAGUGCUAGCCUGUAUAUAUGGGCAGAGGGAAGGACAGUUGACGAAAACCUGCCGGCUUUCUACGAUAUACCAGUCCCAGCGUGGAGGCAAAAAGCCCGAAAAAUAGAUCUGGAGUCCAGGAUACAGCGCUACACGGAAAGAAUUAAAAAGUACAUACGCAACUUCCCCAGCGGAAGCAGCAUAUGGGAACUUAUUUCCAGAUGCCCGCUCUAUGGGAGCAGCGUGCAAGCCAGCAUCAGCUCUCUGGAGCGCGCGUGCAAUUCCUCCGUAAUGCGUGAAAAGGGCCUUUUAGGGUACUACGAGCAGUUUUUCAGCGACUUCAUGGAGUACUUGGGCGAGCACCUGAGAGAGGACACGCCCAGCGAGCACCAGAAACAGUUGGGCGAAGGCGUUAAAACACUCGCAGACAUGUUUGCCCGAAAUGUGAUGCUUAGGGAGGAGGUGGACCCUGCAGAAAACAGCGAACAUACAGAGACGCACGCCCAGACGCAUUCCAAGGCCCUGCAGGAGAAAGACGGGUUCCUGUCGGUUCUUCACAUCCCAGAGGUACUCAGCGACUUUUCCAACGUCGACAAGGAAACAUUCUUUCUGGCUAUGCGGGACAUUACAAAGAGGAUAAAAAGAUGCAAAGGCGGAGAACCAAAAAGGCCAGGCCCUACGCCCAUAUUGGGAUACGUCAAGAGAAAAAAAGAGAACUCUGUGGGCGAAAGUGAAACCUUCUUUACAGUUACAACGAAAUCCGACAGAGUGAGGUGGCUAAACAUACUCUGGUACAUAUACUACGAAGCGAACAACAACAUAAAACGAGAAGACGCCCAUUUGAAGAACAGGCAAGUGGCGAUCGACUGGGGCUGUAGAAUGGUGCAGGAGGCCAAGAGGGAAAGCAGCAACUACCUUCUUGAAAUGUACCUGGAAGCCCACAGCGCAGUUUCUAUGUUUUACAGAGAAUGCCCGCAGACGUACGGGAAAAUGUCCAAGAAAAACACGAUAGUAGAGUGCAGAUUUCUGGGAAAAAACACCGUUACAUUACAGAAAUACGCUUUCUGCAGAACGAGCUUUCUCUUAAAUGCCACUUCCCGAAAGGCAAGUUUAACUUCAGCGAAGUACAAUAGGUGCGAGGAGUUCCGGGGAGUCUCUAUUCCGAAAGCGCACUACCACGUGCACUUUGUCAGCAACCACACGCAAGAGUACAGGAGACUUUGCCUUCCCAUCUACUGUAUUGGAAAAGAGAUGGUCUAUAUACACACACUUCUUGACAUCCAGAAGCACAUAGAGAGCGUCUUCAGGAUAAAGAACGAGCCUGUUUAUACGCUCCUGUACAGCCACCAGCUGAAACAGUGGAGCAUGGCGGAUGCCACCCACAUGAAAAGAACCAUAAUGAGCGUGGGACUUCUUGGGUACACAGCCGUCUUCUACCACCUUAAGAAGCCUAUAGAGAGAGAAGCCCACACUUUUGCCGUCUUUGAAGACCCUGCAGAAAAGUGCUCUGGGGGCGCGCCGAAGGUCCGAAUUCCGCUUUUCCUGUCGCCCUUGAUGCGGAGCAUUCUCUUGCUGAGCCCGUACGCGGAGAAAGACUCGAUAGAGCACACUAUCGUGAGGGAGAAGGCGCUGAAAAGGGGGCUCUUCCCAAACGCAUAUUCUUACAGGAGCAGGCCUGCCCCUGAGAAAGCGCCAGCGCAGGAAAGCAGCGAAUUCCACGAGUGCUUUGCAUCUAUGCACAUUAACAGCCCAGAAACUGCCCCAAUGUGCUGGGAAAUGUGCGCAAAAGUGACUUCCAUGGCGCACAGAAAGAAAAAGAUUGUGUGGUACACAAAAGUAUCCAGCGAAAGGGAGGAGUACACACACUAUUUCCUGAAUCCCCUGAAGAGUAUAAGCCAUGCGUACAGGCACAAGGUAACGACGCACUUGGUAGAAGCAGUUGAAAAGCACAAUUUGGCAGCCGGACAGUUUAAAACAACGGGAAUUUCAUUCGGAGAAGCUGCAGAGACAAACGGGGGAGGCAUAUCCCUGCAAAAACGCCAAUUUAAUCCUGACCAAAAAAUCAGCCAAAACCAGUUGUACCACGGCCUGUACACUAUCACAGCUCGAUCUCAAAGAAAAACCAGACUCGGGCCGAGGAUAUGCAACCAUCUUUUUUCGCUUCUUUCCAGAGGGAGACAGCGGGACAACUAA